UAAUCUACCGGACAAUCAUUCCUCGCAGGCCAAAUGUGGACCUCGCCAGACCUGCAGACUGCGUGGACAUGGACUGCGACGGUCUGAAGAAAGUCGUAGUGCAGGAUCUGGACGGCACUUUGCUGGGCACCGCCAACGCCACGGCCAUCUCGCAGGCGGAGUUCGAGUGGGACGGCGACCCCGCGAGAGGCGUCGGCGACUACAGGAUCCCCGUCGGUCUCCGGCAGCGAGUCGACGGCACCGAGAUCCCAGCGGAGGAGAAAUUCCCCAAUAAAGGCAUUGUGAGGGACAGUUCAUGCAGCUUCGUGACGUCAUGGAGGGCGUGGCGCUGCUCGGGCCUACGUCACCGGAUGCUGGUUCUUGAGAGCCUCGACGCCGACUCGCUGGUGCGACGCCUCUCGCCCGUCGCCCUCAUCGCCAAUCCAGGCCCGGACGGAUACGUCGACCUCGUGAACGGGCCGAUGGACCACGGAUGGUGCCUGGGCUACACCUGCCAGCGCCGUAUCUCCACCUUCUACUCCGUCGUCGCCCCCGGUCAGGUGUACGAGGUGGCCAUGACGUCACUUCCGCCGCAGGAACUCCGGCUCCGCCUCCUGCACUCGGAUCCCAGCGAGGUCGUCCUCCUGCGUCUCUUUUACCCGAUGACGCAGCGGCUGGACGUCUACGUUGACGGCGCCUUCGUCCCUCCUACGAACGUCGACCCGGACACGUACCCGGAAUCCUAUCAGCUGUUCCCCGAGGAUCCCGACGACCCGGAGUCCUUCUACCCGACGCUGCAGGACACCGCAGGCUCGAACUACCUCGCGAGGGAGUCGAAGUUCCUACACGUGGUCGUCCGCGGCGGCAACCACUCCUACGACAUCAGGACUUCGCCGGUGGUCGUCCUGUCGUUGGGGAUCCUGGUGACCGAGGACGACUUCUACGAGGCGGGUGAGGUCGUGCGGAACGUGGCUCUGUUGCUGAACGUCGCUCCGGAGAACGUGAGGGUGACGGAUAUCGUUCGUGAGGAUUCGAGGAGUGAGGAGAGGGAAGGGAGGGAAGGGAGGGAGGGGAAGAGGAGGAGGAAGAGGAAGGCUUCUGCUGUUGUCAAUAUUGAGGUGGAGGUGAGCGGCGCGCCCCUGAGCUCCCUUCAAGAGGCGGGGCACGCGAUCGGGGGAGACGCCCUCUCUUAUGACGACCUGUUGAAUCGACUCGGGAUUGCAGUCGACUGUUUCCAAAGCCUUGGGUGUGGCGCGAACAUCGUCAGUCUAAAAGUCAAGUAUCCCGUCGCUCCUCCUGACGUCCCGGAAUUGCGGUCUCAAAAUGAGCAGUUCGGCGCCCUGCUCGCACCCGGCGCCCCUCUGUACAGCGAUCGGCAGCUGCAUUUGGAGAAGGAGGAGCUUGACCAGCUUCUCCAAGGGGAGGUGUUCCUUCGGCCGUCGUACGUGGAGGUCAUGCAGGAGCCUCCUAAGGUAGUGACGACCAACGAAGUCUUUCGGGUGGUCGUAGCCGCGUUCACGGAGAAUGGCACUAAAGUCACCAGCCUUGGGAGCAAAGGCUACCCCUGGAUGCUGACGGCGAGCCUGGAAGGAGGGCCUCCAGAGGCACGGCUGCAGGGCUCCACCACCGUCCCUUACUCUCAGGGCCAAGCCGUUUUUUCGGACCUUGUGGUAGACACACCCGGAGGGGAUUACAGGCUCAAGUUCAGGGUGACCUCUCCUGAGAAUGCUCCCACCCUUGAGGUCACUCUCGAGGACACUUUCAGUGUGGAACUUGAUUUAUGACUAAAAGCUACGACGAGUCUUGCAAAGAAGAGAAAAUCUGCGGUUCUCGACCCACAGUUCACUACAAGUGAGAGCCAUUCGUUGAUCUCAGAUGCUAGAGUGUUACAUCAAGAUCUAAUGCUGUUCUGUUGUAUAAUUGUUCUUUCUAAUAUGGCAGUAUUUUUGUAUCCAGUUGUGUAAAUCAUGAAAUAAUCAAUGUCAAAGAACGAAAAUAAAAUUUCACUCCUA